UCUCGCCCUCCCCCCCCCCGUGCCCCAACAUAUACCCCAGCUUCUUCUGGGGCCCCUCCGCACCCUCCUCACCCCCCCAACCCCAGGCUUCUCCCUGCUCCCCCAUCUCCCAGGGUCCUGUCCCCCCCCCCGCACACCAUGUACCACCUGCUGACUGUCCUCUGCGCUGCCCUGGAGGCCCUGAGCUGCCAGCCGGCCCUGGCGGUCCUCCAGGCCCCUCGUCCGGCCAACCACAGCCGGGCGCUGCCCAGCCUGCUGGCUCACCUCAAGCGGCUGGCGGGGGUCAACAGCACGGGGGCGGCGGCCUGGGGGGGCCGGGCGGCCGAGACGUGCCAAGGCUACUACGACGUCAUGGGCCAGUACGACGCCGCCUUCAACUGCACCACGGGCGGCUACCGCUUCUGCUGCGGCACAUGCCACUACCGCUUCUGCUGCGAGCACCGGGCCAUGCGGCUGGAGCAGGGCCGCUGCACCAACGUGGAGACCCCCUUCUGGGCCCACACCCAGGCCAGCAGCACGGCCGGGCCCGGGGGCCGGGGGCCGGGGGGCUCCGAGGCCGCCCGCCAGCAGAGCAACAGCACCGUCUAUGUGGUCUGCGGCGUCAUCAGCUUCACCCUGGCCGUGGGCCUGGGCAUCAAGGUGGCCUUCGGCAAGGCUUCCCGCCGGCCCCAGGGGCGGGAGAUCAACAUGCCCAGGGCUCUUGUGGACAUCCUCAGGCACCAGGCUGGGACCAGCUCACGCUCCGAGCGCAGCAAUAGCACCACCCUCAACUCAGGGCUGGGUUUUGGUGGUGAGGUUUUGGGGGGUUUUGCCCCCAGACAAAUAACCCGGCUUUGCCUUGCAGACGCCAUGCACCACAACUACGUGCACCUCAACGUGAGCAGCCCGAAGCACCACGCCGCCACGCUGGACUGGCGAGUGCAUCACACCCCGACGUCGGGCCUGAAGUACAACUCGCUCACCUGCUCCCGCUCCUUCCACAACCUCUCGCACCUGCCCCCGUCCUACGAGUCGGCCGUCAAGUCGGAGCUCAGCCGCUACUCCUCGCUCAAGAGGCUGGCGGAGAAGGACAUGGACGAGCUGUACCUGAAGCGGCGGCACCUGGCCGAGCUGACGCGGGGCACGCUGCCCCUGCACGCCAUGAAGAUGAACUACGAGCGCUACGGGGAGGCGGCCCAGCACCCGCGACGGGUGAUGUCCCAGGAGCACAUCCUUUCGGACGGCUACCGCCCCUCCCCCUACGACUGCGCCGGCCCCCGGGAGCGGGUCGUCUCCCACGAGCGGCUGCUCUCUCGCGAGGCCCUGCACUCCCAGGAGCCUCUGCUCUCGCCCGAGCGCCUACACCAGGGCACGGGGCCUUUCCAGGAGCUGCGGCUGGGCCACCAAAAGGCCCUGUCCCAGACCAACAUCUGCGCCGCCGGCACCCCGCUGCUCGAACGCCACCAGGGGCACAAGAUGAACUCCCACCCCUCCUCCGCCAACUCCGCCCAGGCCGCCUGGGAGGUGGGCAGCAACCACACGGCCAGCCGGCGCCAGGGCUUCGGCGCCCGCCGCCAGAGCACCAUCGAGCAGCUGCAGUUCAUCCCAGGGCACCACCCCAGCCAGCACCUCCGCACCGGGAGCAAGAACGAGGUCACCGUGUGAGGGCCCAGCUCAGGUGGACUCGACUUUCCAAGGCCAUAGCUCUCUUCCUCCUCCUCCUCUGCGUCUUCCCCCGUCCUUCCCGUCUUCUUUCUUGGACCGGGCAGCCUGCCGGGCUUCGAGGCCUUUGCCGGGCUUUGGUGGCAUCCGCCUUUGAUGACCUCAGCGCCACGGGCCCUGUCAACUUUUGAUGAUGUCAGGGUCACGUUGAACCCAUCCACACUGGAUGACGUCAGGCCCUGAGACCCUGUUGACGUUGGGUGACGUCGAGAUUGCCUUGUCUCCGUCCGUGUUAGAUGAUGUCCAGAAUUGGUGACAUCACUGCUGCAGGCCCUCUUGACUUGUGAUGAUGUCAAGAUUGCCUUGGGCCCAUCCGUGUUGGGUGACCUCAGCGCCACGGGCCCUGUCAACUUUUGAAGAUGUCUGGGUCGCGUUGAACCCAUCCACGUUGGAUGACAUCAGCACCUUGGAGCCUGUCAACAUUGGGUGAUGUCAAGAUUGCCUUGUCUCCGUCCAUGUUAGAUGAUGUCAGUGCCCUGGGCUCUAUCGACUUUUGAUGAUGUCAAGACUGUGUUGAGCCUCUCCAAGACUGAUGACAUCAGUGCUGGGGGCCCUCUCGACUUUUGAUGAUGUCAAGAUUGCCUGGGGCCCAUCCCCGUUGGAUGACAUCAGCACCAUGGGCCUUGCUGACAUUUGAUGAUGGCAAGAUUGUGUUCGACCCAUCCACGUUGGGUGACAUCAGCGCCCCAGGGCUCUGUUGACAUUGGACGACGUCAUGAUUGCUUUGGACCCAUCCACGUUCAAUGAUGUCAAAUUGCAUUUGGCCCGUCCACCGACAUCAGCGCUGUGGGCCCUGUUGAUGGUUGAUGAUGUCAGGACAGUCAGGCCUGUCCAUAUGGGAUUACGUCAGUGCUAUGGUUGUGUCCUGUUGACUUUUGAUGAUGAUGUCAGCACUGGCCAUCUUUGAUGACAUCUGCACUGUGGCCCUUGUCUAUGUGUCAUGAUGUCAGUACCACCAAGCCUGUCAACCUGUGAUGAUGUAAACACUGUGGGUCAACCUUUGAUGAUGCCAAGAGGGCUCUCAACCUCUGCCAUCCAUACCGUAUCCAUCUCAUGACAUCAACACUGUGGACCUUGUCGGUGAUUGAUAACAUGAGUGCUGUGGGGCUCGUCGAUGUCUGAUGACAUCAUCGCCGUUUCAUGGUCUCAACACUGUGGAUCUCGUCGACCGUGGAUGACGCCAGUGUCCUGGGCAUCAGCCUGUUGGUUUUGACAUCAGACCAGUGGCUCCGUCGCCGAUUGAUGAUGCCUGUUCACUGGGCGUUUUUACUGAUGAUGUCACAGUGGUUGGUCUGGUCAAUAGUUGAGGAGAUCAAGCACUGCCAGGCCUGGACAACCCUUGAUGAUGUCAGCACUGCGGACUUUGUCAGUGAUGGAUGAUGUCAAGAUCAUCGGGGUUGUUGAUGUUUAAGGUCGGCCAUGUUGAUAUUCGGUGAUGUCAGCUCUGUGGACCUGGUUCCUUUUUUUUGAUGACAUCAGCACUGUGGGCCUUGUCUAUCUUUUGAUGAUGUCACUGCUGUGGGCCCAGUCCACUUGUUGAUGAUGUCA